AUGUCGACGACGACGAGCACAGUUGCAAGUCACGUCUCGCAACUAUCCAAGCUACAUUUGAUGCCAUGGAGUCCCCAUGCAAGCGCCGUCCUCGAUGCAUACUCGCGCUUCUCUCACAACCAACUUGUGCUCUUCUUGACAAUGCGAUCUCUGCCGACGAAUGGUUCGGACGAUGAGCUCGUAUCUCGGCUCACUCAAUUUGACCUACAAACGUACCAUUUACCUGAUUCACAUCCAUCGGCUUGCUCCGUGAAGCAUGCUAAGUUUUCUCCGUCUCCCAUAAACGGUGUUGUACGCACGCGGCAGCAGCAAGCAAGAAGACUUCCCGAUCUUCCUACGGAAAUUCUUGUCGAAAUUCUCGACCUACUAGGCGACUGGGAGCUCUCCAAAGCAGUCGGACUACCAACGUCUCUGCCUCGACCUCUAUCCUGGGCUCGCGCAUCUGUUACUGACGAAGCCAUGCUUACUGGAUUCGUGCCGCUCAUACGCUCUGCUGAUCCUGCUCGUACUCCUCCCACACGUGCUGGUGCCAUCCUCACCAUUCGCUUCGGUUACGUACACGUCCUCGAUGCCCUUCUUCACUCGUACCGUUCGCACUUUUCAUAUUGGUUCCGAAACGACAUUAUCCCGGUCAUAGCAUCGCAAUACGGUCGCACGUGUGUUCUUAAUUGGUGGAAGCACGCGGUCGACGCACAAAUACUCCCCAAGCCAUCUCCUAAAUCAGUCUCCGAAGCAAUUGACGGUGCUUGUCGUAAUGGCGAGCGUGCGUCACUGGAUUGGUGGGUCGCCUCAAAACUACCGCUCGAAUACAGUGAGUCGGCUCUCGAGUCGGCAAGCGCGAAGAACCGAGUGCACAUUCUCGAAUGGUGGAAGCACUCGGGGUUGCCUUUAAAGAUCGGACGUGUAAUGGAUAUGGCGAGUAGCGCUGGGCAUGUCGAUGUACUUUCCUGGUGGCUACAUUCUUCUCUCGAGUUCAAAUAUGACCGGACGGCAAUUCACCACGCAAGUAUGCAUGGCAAGGUUGAAGUCUUACAAUGGUGGUUGGAGAGUGGCCUGCAGAUGAUCUUCGACCAGGAUGCACUUACGCUUGCGACACGUCACAACCGACCGGAGGUGCUAGAGUGGUGGGAUCGCAGCGGCUUACCCGUGCAGUACCGUAUUUGUGACAUUGAGGAGGCGCUGGAGGAUGCGAUUGGCGGCGGUGAGGCUGCAAGAACUGAAAUUAUCCUUCGCCUUUCGUCAAAGUUUGCUUACGCGAGCUCGGCUAUCAACCUGAUGUCUUCCCUACUCACUGCAGUUUCUGCCUCUCACACGUCAAUUUCAUACGUCCAUCUUGACCCCGACGGUGCCGAUUGUUGGAGAUCUCCUUCUCGCGUUCUUUGCUGGGCGAAUUUCGUCCGCGUGAUGUUAGUUUUGUCUUGGACAUCAUCGGUCAUAAUUCCUGCUUCGCUGAAGAUAUAUGAAUCUGCUGAGCUACUUCAUGACGGAGAAAUUGUGCUACCCCGGCCUCUGAGCCU